CAUGGCAAGGAUUUAAUCAAAGACCUUAAAUCAGAGUUAAGUGGAAAUAUGGAAGAACUGAUCCUUGCCCUAUUCAUGCCACCUACAUAUUAUGAUGCCUGGAGUUUACGGAAUGCAAUGAAGGGAGCAGGAACUCAGGAACGUGUAUUGAUUGAAAUUUUGUGCACGAGAACAAAUCAGGAAAUCCGAGAAAUUGUCAGAUGUUAUCAGUCAGAAUUCGGACAAGACCUUGAAAAGGAUAUUAGGUCAGAUACAUCUGGGCAUUUUGAACGUUUACUGGUAUCCAUGUGCCAGGGAAACCGUGAUGAGAACCAGAAUGUUAACCACCAGUUGGCUCAGGAAGAUGCUCAGCGUCUCUAUCAAGCUGGUGAGGGAAGACUAGGAACAGAUGAAUCCUGCUUUAACAUGAUUCUCGCCACAAGAAGCUUUCCUCAACUGAAAGCUACUGUGGAGGCUUAUUCCAGGGUGGCUAAUCGAGAUUUGCUAAGUAGUGUUGCCCGUGAAUUUUCUGGAAAUGUUGAAAGAGGUUUAAAGACCAUCUUGCAGUGUGCCCUGAACCGCCCUGCCUUCUUUGCUGAGAGGCUCUACUAUUCUAUGAAAGGUGCCGGCACAGAUGACUCCACCCUGGUCAGGAUUGUGGUCACUCGAAGUGAGAUUGAUCUUGUACAAAUAAAACAGACCUUCAGUCAGAUGUAUCAGAAGACCCUGGGCACAAUGAUUGCGAGUGACACAAGUGGAGAUUACCGAAAGCUUCUUCUGGCCAUUGUGGGCCAAUAGGAGGGAUUUUUUUUUUUUUUUUAAAAUAAAUGAAGCAUAUCCUUCAGUGAUUGACCUGCAUGCAGCAGUAUCAAC